AACACUGGUAAUUGUGUAAUGGUAUACUGCCAUUUGUUAAAAUAUCUCCCAUAUCUUUGUUGGAUCUGCAUUACUGAAUAUUGAAAACAGGGUUUUCAACCUUUACAGACACAGUAACACUUUAUAACAACUUUAAUUAAAACAUUAAUUCUAAUACACUGAAUGUAUCAUUAUUUCAUGUUCAUUAAAAUAGUUAGAAAUUUAAUAGUUAUAUUUUUAAUUCUGUAUGUUUUAAUAUCUUUUUAAAAGACCCCUGAUUGAAAACCCUGGUUCUAAAAUGUUACAUAUUUUUGUUGAUCGGAAAUUACAUGGAUGAUGAAAUUGGCAAAUUGGUAACAUUUCUCAAUAAAGUUCCUUUAGUUAACAUUGGUUAACAACAUAAGUUAACGAACUAACAAUAAACAAUACUUUUACAGCAUAUAUUAAUCUUAGUUAAUGUUAAUUUCAACAUAUAGUAAUACAUAUUUAAAAUUUUGAGUUGUAUUAGUUAACAUUAGUUAAUCCACUAUGAUCUAACAUAAACUAACAAUGAACAAUUGUAUUGCUAUAGUGUGGGCAAUAGGUUCUCUUUUUGUCUGACCGGAAAGGUCCCCUUGGUCCUUCCACCAUCCAACGUGGGGGCACAAGGAAAAUCUAGGGGGGCCCCCACUGGAAAAGGCCAUGUUUAAUGGGAUAGUUAAUUGAAACAGUUAUAUUUGGUCAUUCUCUGUUUACCCUCAUGUCACUGAAAUCAUGUCCAGGCUGCAGCAAUAUAAGGACUACUUUUAUGGUAACUACUAGUAUGAAACUUUUUCAGUGUUAAAAUACUUUUCUUCUAUCCCAGCUUAAUAUGCAUAAAAAACUAAGUCAUGCAUAGGUUAAUUUUCUCGAAAUCUGUAAACACUGACCACGUUUACAUGCACUUGAGAAAUUGGUUUAUUCCAGGGUUUUUGCAGAAAGCAGCAUUCUGAAAUGUCGUGUAAAUGAGAACACCGAUUCCCUUUAACCGUUUAAGGGAUUAAAAGAAAGAGGUUUAACACACCUAGAUUUCUCCCGGAGAAUGGCAUUUUAACAGGUUUUUCAGGAGAGCACGUGCGUGGAACAGACCGGAGAACAAACGUUAUAAGAUGGAGCCCAACAAGUCAACAAAGCGGAAAGAUUUCUGAGAGUACAGUGGGAAAAGCACAUACACUAUAAACUAUACCCAUUUAUACACACCAAUGUAAAAUAUCGAUGGUCCCUCACGUUGGGUAUAUGUGCUGAUACGUUGAGGAAAUCCCUGAGUUUUAUGUAAGAGGGAAACCCCAUUAUUUCAGAGUAGUUCCACUGCAUAUCACAAAGUAUGGAAAGUUAAGGAAACAAACACAGCAACAACUCUGGAAUAUCUGGAAAUAAUGCGAAGCAAUGCAGAAUAAAAGAGUGAAGUCUUCCUCGGAUACCAUGUUUGUUAUUUACACAAGCGUCGUGGGGAGAUUAUGUUGCUGUGGAGAAAGCUGCUUACUGACGGAGCCGCAUGUAUACAGGAGUAAAGAGAAAGCCGCUUAUACAGUGCAUGUAAACAGGAACGCUGCUUUCUCACAAUAAGGCGCUUUCUGGUGUCCAUGUAAACAUAGUCACUGUAUCUCUGUGGUGCUAUAAAAAUUCCUGUUUGUUUUCAGUGACCCACUCAGAGCCGCCGCAACAACAUUACUCAACUUAUGGUGUGAGAUUUCUUUGUUUGAUCUACAGCAGAUGAAUGGCAUAUUCAGAAAGCAGUUUUGAAAACAGUUUAUUUUUGCAAUUCCGUUCGGUGGCACUAGUGUUGCUAAAUGGAACUGCAAAAAUAAACAUUAUUUUCAAAUAUCUUUAAGAAUAUCCCCUUUCCUCUGCCAUUGGUCGGAUAAACAGGUUGUCCCGCCCCAAACUCAUGCCAUUGGUUGAGUAAGUGUAGCUGUUUCAGGCUGGCUGGGCUGCUCAAACAAACAAUUCUGAAUGUGCCCACAGAGCCGCAGUGUUUACACUUUUCCGGGAAAGUCAGCUUACAAAUGGUUUACUGAUAGUUCUCUCUGCAUAUUAAGCUGAGAUAAGAUAAAGUAUUUUAACACUUAAAAUGUUACGCACAUCAUCUUUUAAUUAUCCUUUUUGGAGCUUGGCAGCCACUUUGUAUUACACUUGCACUUAGCAGGCAUUUUGCUAGAUAACUCCUUUGUUUUACAUGGACCAAAAAUGUGUUUCAAGCGACAUGAGAGAGAGAGAGAGUAGAUGAUAAAGGUGUAUUAAGUUUUGGGCGAACUACUCUUUAAGUGUCUUGCUCAAUGGCGCAAUGGUAAUAGUUCAUAAACCACCCAUGGGGUCUGAAACUAUCUUUGGGUUACCAGUCUGGGUAAGCUACAUUACCCCCAAUGUACAAUAUGGGUGGGACGUUAAUUAGUGUAUUAUCAACACAUAAUGUGGGCUUGACAUGACUGUAAAUCUAUUACAUUUUGAAUACAUAACAACUGUUGUGCUGUCUUGUCUUGUUUUCGUGCCAUUAGGUGGACAGAGUUUUUGAGGUUCUGCACGAGCUCCGCAGCGCCCCCCUGCAGCUUGAAAACUUUAUCGUCUUGAAAUGAUUUCCUCCCGUUUUUACUUCCUGUUUUCUAAGGGAGUCACUUAACUCAGACCAUUCCUGCCCACCAGGGCUUCGCUAUGCCAAUCCUUUUCGCCCAGUAGUUUUUUACCGAGCUCUCGUGGGCUUUCAAGACGCACCGUGAGCCGUAUCGACAACGGGACAUCAACACAAACAUUCCGUUUUAGAUGGAGGUCGGAGGACUCAACUCAGUCGUGUCUACGGCUGUGAUGGAUUUUACGUAGAGUUUUGCUCUUGUAGUUGUUUUUAUGCCUGUUUUUACUGCCUUCCUGGUCGUUUUAGUAUCAUUUCUCGCAUUGGUUUCCUCCUUUGCUCGUUGUCCUGUCUCGACCGCUCCUUUAACUAAAGCAACAAUGUAACAAACUCUGUCGCUCGUUUGUUUCUUUUCCGCCGAGCUCGACUCCAUAGAUCUCCGUGCGCUUUUGCCGCUUUAAAGUUUAAUCGUCACGUUAACGUGUAUUUAUUCGCCAAACUUAACAAUGACCGAGCUGCAGCGGCCGACGCUGUGCUGCUGUCGGAAAGCGCUGACCGUGCCUGGUAAGUCCUGCGAGGGCGGCCGGAGUCUGGCUCACUGUCGCCUGGUGGACGUCGCGUCGGCGUCCAACUUCCACAGCUUUAAACUCCGACAUUUUCAUCUGGACCUCCACCUGAACUUCGCCGUCAAGAGGAUAACGGGGUGGCAGGUUCUGGAGCUCACACCCGUCCAGCCCGGUGUUCAGUCUCUCAUUUUGGACACGCAUCCUUCGUUAUUAAUCCAUUCCGUGGACUGUAAGGUGCCCGGUGCCUCCGGUGCCCCUGAUGUGUUUCUCUCGCUCACCUACCGAGUGGAGCCGUUCACCGAUUACGGCUCCUCACUGAACAUCAGCCUCCCGGCCGCCGUGAUCCGGCCACACCGGGCUUUCCGUGUCACCAUACGCUACACCACCACAGACGGCCCUGCGAUCUGGUGGCUGGAUGCAGAGUUGACAUGUGGACAAACUCGUCCAUUGGUCUUCACUCAGGGUCACUCUGUCUGCAAUCGGUCGUUCUUUCCCUGCUUUGACACGCCAGCCGUCAAAAGCACCUAUUCUGCCACUGUCAGGGUACCAGAGGGUGUCACAGUGUUGAUGAGUGCCUCAAGAAGUGCAUACUCUAAACAGGACAGGGUUUUCCAGUUCUCCAUGGAGUACCCUGUCCCAGCCUACCUAGUUGCCCUGGUUGCAGGAGACCUUCAGCAUGCAGACAUUGGGCCAAGGAGUCGUGUGUGGGCCGAGCCUUGCAUUCUGACUUGUGCAGUCAGUAAGCUUGGUGGCAGUGUGGAGCGCUGGCUCAAUGUUGCAGAGGGGCUCUUUGGGCCUUAUGUUUGGGGAAGGUAUGACAUAGUGUUCCUUCCUCCUUCCUUCCCCAUCGUUGCCAUGGAAAACCCUUGUCUUACCUUCAUCAUUUCCUCCAUACUGGAAAGUCAGGAAUUUUUGCUGAUUGAUGUCAUCCAUGAAAUUGCUCACGGCUGGUUUGGCAAUGCUGUCACCAAUGCAACCUGGGAAGAGAUGUGGCUCAGUGAGGGUCUGGCCACUUAUGCUCAGAGACGCAUUACAACAGAGGCCUAUGGAGAAGCCUUCACCUGUCUUGAGACAGUGUUCCGUUUAGAUGCUCUUCACAGACAGAUGCGUCUUCUUGGAGAUAACAACCCUGUUAGUAAGCUGCAGGCAAAAUUUGAGCCAGGUAUAAACCCCAGUAGUCUAAUGAAUCUUUUCACCUAUGAGAAAGGCUUCUGCUUUGUUUCUUACCUCUCACAGCUGUGUGGUGACAUCAAGAGAUUUGACAGUUUUCUUAGGGCCUACAUUGAGAAGUUCAGGUUCAGCAGCGUAGUCGCUCAGGAUCUAUUGGACUUCUUCCUCGGCUUCUUCCCUGAGCUGAAGGAGAGCUGCGUUGCUCAACGAGAGGGACUGGAAUUUGAACGAUGGCUAAAUGGCUGUGGUCUUCCAUUAUGUGAACCAGAUCUCUCGGCGGGUAGGGCUCUAACAGGCCCUGUCCAGCACUUGUGUGACCUCUGGGGCACCGAUGCCCCUGACCCCCAGGUGAUUGCAACAUUUGACCUCUCCACCUGGAGCACCUUCCAGACCGUCCUCUUCCUGGACCGACUUCUAGACCGCUCACCUUUGCCACAAGAGGUGAUGAGUCUUCUCUCAAGCUGCUACUCUGCAUUGUUGGAUGACAUGAACGCUGAAGUCCAGAUUCGAUGGCUGCAGAUCGUGGUGCGGAACAGCUUUUAUCCCAAUCUGCCUCGAGUUCGCAGCUUCUUACAUAAGCACACCUCACGGAUGUACACAGUGCCCUUAUACGAGGAUCUGUGUGGAGGAGUGAUGAAGUGUUUUGCUGUGGAAGUAUUUUAUCAAACUCAGGCCCGUUUGCACCCUAAUUUACGCAGGACUCUACAGCAAAUACUGUUCCAAAGUAGUGCCCUCAACACCAGCACAGCCCCUUCUUUACACACAUCUCCACCUUCCGCCCCCUCCCCACCCACGGACACACCACCCACCAAUGGGACCAUCGCACUGCGAGAUGUCAAUGUGUCUGCUUGAAUUCAAAACAGUAGAGAAGCCGAAGGAUUGAGGUGAAACAGAAGGGCAGGAACAGGACAGGACUUGAAUUCCCUGGCUGAGACUGGACCAUAGCGAUGCAUCAUGAGAUGUCUAUUUAAAAAUCCAGACACUGAUUUUUAUAAGCUAAACAAAAAGCUGCUCAGGGUCGUGGUACAAAGUGGAAGACUAAUGUCAUGUAUCUUGUAUAUGAUGGUUAUGUCACGAUCCAAAUGUUUGUGUCUGCAUACACAUAUGGAUAGGGGUAUGUUGGUAUCAAGGCUACUGGUUGCAAUCUGUUAGCCAUUACCUUUUUCUGUGUGUGCGUGAAUGUGUGUCUUUGUUAAUUUGUGUGGGUAUUCUGCACAUGUUCCUCUGGCCUAUGCACAUCAUCUAAUUUGUUGUGUUUGCAUCCAUGAUCCAUCUGUUUGUUCUCCAAAAUGACUGAGGAACCAAGCAGAGUUGACGAGAUUUCCUAGAAUCUUUUUUGCAUUCAUUAAAGCAGAAGUGUUCUGUGAAGGACAAACUCUUGCGAGUCCCCUUCCCGUACAGUUUUCGAGAACUGUCAUGAAUGCACAUAUCUACUCGCUAGCCAAAAACGGCCCGAUGAAGACCCUACUCCACACAUAGUCAGCCUUUCUUGGAUAAAUGGACUGUUUCCUUUUUGUUUGAUUACCGCUUACUGGAAUCUGUGUUUCUCACCUCUCUCUUUCCAGGUGCUAACCACUCAGCAUUGAGUCUCAGGUAUAUCAAGACAGAAAAGGUGGAGACAUGUUAGUGCCUUUCAAAGCUUUCAACACCGUGGGUGUUUUCAACACUGCUGUCUAAAUGAACAGCCUGUAUUUGUUAUUUGAGCCAUACUUGGGUGACAUUGGUGACCAUUGUCCUAGAAAACAUACAACGUGUUAGAUGCUAUUUUCAGGACAUGAGAUGCUGUGGUGAGAUGAUUAUUGUUCAUGAAAACAAUGUGUUUCUCCCACUCCUUUCCUAUUUUUGUUAAUAGGGGAAUUUUACCUUUAAUUAGUAAUUGAUGAUAAAGCAAAAGAAUUUGAUUUUGUAAAAAUGCAGUGAGUGAUGUUGAGGUUUAUGUUGGGGUUUCAGCUGGAUGGGUCCAUGCUGAUCAUCAGUGGCCUUAAUGACUAGCACAAAGGAUAACUAGUCAAAUUUUACAGGUAAUAAAUGAAAUCUGUGUGCAGAUUGUGUGUUAUGACUAAGGUUCCCACCUUUGAUUUUAUCUUCUUGCAUCAGAGGUCAUAUGACAGACACUCUUCAGCAAGUAAAUUAAUUUUGUUAAAUUAUAGAAUCAUGCCUGUUGUGACUUGAAGGUUUAAACACUGCGUGGCCAACAAUUAAAAUUUUUUCCACCCUGA